GCUUUUGAAAACAGAAAAAGUGAAAGCAAAAACAAACCAACAAAACCAAAAACACUCCAAAAGCUCCCCUUCCUUUCAGUUCUUUGAAAUGAUAAUCCGCUAGGUUUCCUUUUCAAAUCCACAAGCAUACCAGAUGGCCUCUGAAGUGGAUGGAAUAAAAAUCGAAACUGAGGCUGACCCUGCCACUUGGACAGUUUUGGAGGAGAAAAUUUUCAUCCAGCUCAUGGUUAAAGAGGUUCAUAAAGGAAAUAGAUCUACAACAACCUUUUCAAGGAAAGGUUGGAAAAGCAUAGAGCAAGAGUUUCGUGCAAGAACUAGCAAGAGGUACAACAAUUGUCAACUCAGAAACAAGUUUAACCAAUUGAGGACACGUUAUCAUGAUUUUAGUAAGCUAUUGCAAGAACCUGGGGUUAACUGGGACCCUGUGCUCAAUACUGUCAGUGCUCCUGAGAAUAUAUGGGAAUUAUACUUAAAGGUAAACAAAAAGGCCAAAAGAUUCCAGAAAAAAGGAUGUUCAAUGUUCAAUGAAUUGGGAGUUAUUUUUGGUAACCCAUCUCCGAAGUACAAAGAUGUAUUUCCAUUGGCUCAGUAUCCCUUUGUGAAGGAAGAUAACAUUGAUUUAGAAGAUACGUCGACAAACGCUACCCCAUCAGGAUUCCCAUGUGAAAGUGGUGAUGACAAAGAUUAUACGUCACAGAAUUCUCUGCACCACCUAAGAUCACCCACUCCUUCAAGUUACCUUGGAGGGAAAAGAGAGGCAAGAACACUAGAUAUUGUAGAAGGUUUGAGAGAAUGGACUGAAGUUACAAAACCGAUAACCCCAAUCUUCAUCAGAAGUGAAGCAUCUCCGCAAUCAAAUGCAUUCUCUAUUACCAAUUGUGUCAAGUGUCUAGAAUCCAUUGAAGGUGUUGAUGGGAGCACCUACAUAAAGGCUAUCAAGAUGUUUAAGGAUGUGGACUGGAGAGAGAUGUUUAUGGCAAUGUCUGCAGAAAGAAGAUUGGUUUGGUUGGCUAGCUUAGAGUGAUGUUUGCUUGUACUGGGUUUUUUUUUUUUUUGGUUCUAAUCGCUGGCACUUGUUUGCCUUAGUAAUGGUCUGAGACAAGCUUGCCUGUGCUGGUAUUUCCAGAUUGUUUAUUUUUUAUAGGAAAUGUUUGCAUGUAAAUAUAUACUGUUCAUAUCAAAUAUGAGAUUGCACUGUUGUGUUCGAGA